UGUGUGUGUGUAUCCUGUGCCUAUCUGGUGUGUGUGUAGUGCCUGUAUUUAAACCGCAGUACCCUCUGCUCCUGUUGUAGUGCGCAGCCUUGUCGUAAGUAUGAGAUCUCGCUUGUUUUUUGCUGUUUCUUAAAAAAAAAAGUUUUUGCACUUCUUGUAAAGGAUGUGGCUUUUAACUUGCUGAGCUGGUCUUCAGUUUGGUACGAGUGUGAGUGUGUGUUGGGCGCUGCCGGCCGGGACUGCGCUGCCUUUCAGUUUUUGAGAAAGGAUAACUUAAUCUAAAGCCGAGGCGGCUAUUUUUUUCUCCCCCCAAGAGGAUUUGGUGUCCUGUGGCUGCCGUGUGUUGGAUUACAAACUGAAGUGGGGAGUUCCCUCUACCGUGUCUCGAAACAAGUGGCCAUUUUGUCCAUGGAUUCCUGCGCAAGUGCUGAGGAGCAGUCUGCACACGAUGUCCUAGAUUAAACAUUAAAUGCAUCAACUGUGAAAGCAUUUCAGUCUGAGAACGAGGACAUUCCCAAACCCCUCACCGUGCGUCUGGCCAAAUACAAACCGUUGGGGAAUGACCACAGAACCGGGAGAGCCGGCCGGCACAGGCCCCUCCAGAGACGUCAAUACCAGCCAGAGCUCGAGCUCCAGCAGCAGCAGCAGCAGCAGCAGUGCGUCUAUAUCGGGGCUGUGCAGAGCAGGGAGGAGUGGGAGCGAGAGCAGUCAGGGCAGCAACAGCAAUAGCCCCUCGUCACUGAGCCCACACAAGGGCAGCUCCUCACAGAACCAUCUCUAUCUGAGGAGCAGCCUGGAGAUCGCUGCGGGGGAGCAGGAGGCAGCCCCAGCCUGUGCCCAGCCCGGCAGGACUGAGCCAGCUCCCAAAGGACCCAGCGAGGGAUCCAGAGACACACUGCGAGAGAAGACGGACAAGGAGAACGAGGAGGAGGCGGAGAUGAAGGCCGUGGCCACCUCGCCCGGGGGCAGGUUCCUGAAGUUCGACAUCGAGCUGGGGAGGGGAGCCUUUAAGACGGUUUACAAGGGGCUGGAUACGGAGACCUGGGUGGAAGUGGCUUGGUGCGAACUACAGGACAGGAAGCUGACCAAAGCCGAGCAGCAAAGGUUUAAGGAGGAGGCGGAGAUGCUGAAGGGGCUGCAGCACCCCAACAUUGUGCGUUUCUAUGACUCCUGGGAAUCGACGCUGAGAGGCAAGAAGUGCAUUGUCCUCGUCACUGAGCUCAUGACGUCGGGAACCCUCAAGACGUACCUGAAGCGGUUCAAGGUGAUGAAGCCAAAGGUGCUGCGGAGCUGGUGUCGGCAGAUCCUGAAGGGGCUGCACUUCCUGCACACCCGGACCCCCCCCAUUGUACACCGCGACCUCAAGUGUGACAACAUCUUCAUCACAGGCCCCACCGGCUCCGUCAAGAUCGGUGACCUGGGCCUCGCCACCUUGAUGAGGACAUCAUUCGCCAAAAGCGUCAUCGGAACCCCGGAGUUUAUGGCCCCGGAGAUGUACGAGGAACAUUACGACGAGUCUGUGGACGUCUAUGCCUUUGGGAUGUGCUUGCUGGAGAUGGCCACCUCAGAAUACCCUUACUCCGAGUGUCAGAACCCAGCCCAGAUCUACCGCAAAGUCACCAGCGGCAUCAAACCAGCGAGCUUCAACAAGGUGAGCGACCCUGAGAUCAAAGACAUCAUCGAAGGCUGCAUUUGUCAGAAUAAAACCGAGAGGUUUGCUGUUAAGGACCUCCUGAGCUACCCGUUCUUUACCGAGGACACGGGGCUGCGGAUCGAGCUGGGGGAAGAGGACAGUGGGCAAACCCCCUCCCUCGCACUCAGGAUCUGGGUGGAAGAUCCCAAGAAACUCAAAGGAAAACACAAGGACAACGAAGCUAUCGAGUUCAGCUUCGACCUGGAGCAGGACGUGCCCGAGGAGGUGGCUCAGGAGAUGGUCAAAUCUGGUUUUUUCCACGAGAACGACUCCAAACUGGUGUCCAAGUCUAUCCGUGACCGGGUGUCCUUCAUCAAGAGGCAGAGGCAGAGGCAGAGAGCACAGCAGCUGUGGGAGCAGGAGAGGCUGCAGACACAGACCGUGGGGGCAGCCCCGCCCCAGCCCCCGCCCCAGCCCCAGCACACACCCACUGCAGCCCAGCAGCCCCUCCCGGAGCCCGAGGAGCCUGAGGUCGAUCAGCAUGUGCGGCAAACUCAGCUGCUGAGGAGCGCAGCUUCGGUUGACAGUGUGUCUGAUGGGAGCGCGGCAUCGAUUGUCUACUCCGACCCCCAGAUGUGCUACACGUCCAUCUCGGAGCAGCUGGUGGCAGCCCAGCAGGUCUCCUCCAGCUCCAGUGUGGAGUCUCCUCACCACAUCUCCACCAGCCUGCAGCCGUGCCAGGGAGGGUACACACAGCUAACAGGGCACUGCUCCUCGGUGACCCAGUUGACAACUGGGGGAUACCCAGCCCAACAGUUACUGUGCCAGCAAUGCCAGCCUCCCUGUACCACCUGCCAACCCCCGAGACAGCAGCCACCAGCUCCUUCACUACAGACGUCUGACGGUCCACUGGCUGGGCUCCACCCCCAGGGCAGUGAUGUCCUUCUCCCAGCUCAGUACCACCUGCCAAGCCCCUCGCUCCACCCUCAACCAGUGCCAGGCAGCGGGAUCCCGGCCACUAGCCCCUCAUCAGCAGGCCAGCCUCCGCACCCACUAGUGCAGCCACUGCCCUUCCAGGUGCCUGUCUGUCAAGAGCACGUGUACCUCCAUGUCUCUGUACAGCAGCAACAACCGCAGCAGGUUGUGGGCCAGGAGUACCUCAACCCUGUGCCCCACCGACACCUCUCUGUGCAGCUUCAGCCACAGCCACCCCCACAGCAGCGCCCUGCGAGCGAGGCUCAGUACAAACCCUCUGAGCAACAGGCCUCACAGCUCUUGGCUCAGGCUGCACUGCCAACAGCCCAGCCCCAGCCUGAGCUACGCCAACAGCCCCAGGCCCCACAGCAACAGCUCCUCCAGCCUGAGGUACAUCAGCAGCCUCUUCAGUUUGAGAUCCAUGUCCAGUACCAACAGCCUUUGACAGAGCAGUGUCCUCAGGCCUGGACUGAGCAGACAGGCCAGCCCCAGUACCAGCCAGGCUUAGAUCAGUACCAGCCUGGCCCAGACCAGCCCCAGUACCAGCCUGGCCUAGGUCAGCCCCAGUCCCAGCCUGGCCUAGGUCAGCCCCAGUACCAGCCUGGCCUAGGUCAGCCCCAGUCCCAGCCUGGCCCAGAUCAGCCCCAGUCCCAGCCUGGCCCAUAUCAGCCCCAGUCCCAGCCUGGCCUAGACCAGCCCCAGUCCCAGCCUGGCCCAGACCAGCCCCAGUACCCGCCUGGCCCUGACCAGCCCCAGUACCAGCCUGGCCCAGACCAGCCCCAGUACCAGCCUGGGCCAGACCAGCCCCAGUACCAGCCUGGCCCAGACCAGCCCCAGUACCAGCCUGGCCCAGACCAGCCCCAGUACCAGCCUGGCCCAGACCAGCCCCAGUACCAGCCUGGCCCAGACCAGCCCCAGUACCAGCCUGGCCCAGACCAGCCCCAGUACCAGCCUGGCCCAGACCAGCCCCAGUACCAGCCAGGCCUAGAUCAGUACCAGCUUGACCAGACCCUGUCAGUCACACAGCAGCUCCCAGCCUACACCGAGCAACCUGCAGCGAUGGAGAAUUCUGAGCCUCUGAUGUCAACCAAUGUUGUCGCUCAGCAUCCACUGGGGGAAACUUGCCCCCCAUCCUGCCAACACCAUCCUGGGGGCCUUUACUCCCAGUACAGCCCGACCCAACUUGGCCAGGACCAUCCCGAGGUGCUUCGCUCCCAGGAUCUGCUGCUGCACCCUGGCCAGCACCACCCGGCCCAGGCCUCGCCUCAGACUGGGAGCCAACAAGGGACGGUGCAUCCACAGCGCCCAACAAGACUGGGCUCAGACCCUCCAGGAGGGAUUCCUGACGAGAGAGAGCUGGAGAAGGCCCCAAAACCCCAGCAGAGGCGUCUGUCCUGUGCCCGGGACCGACCAGAAAAGUUCCAGCUGACUGUGCUGCAGGUUUCCAGUGUUGGUGACAACAUGGUGGAGUGCCAACUGGAGACCCACAACAACAAGAUGGUCACCUUCAAAUUCGACCUGGAUGGGGACGAUCCCGAAGAUAUCGCGGCCUAUAUGGUGGAGAAUAACUUCACAUUGGAAAUUCAGAAACAGAAAUUUGUUGAAGAAAUGAGAAAUAUUAUUUCCAAUUCCCAAGAAAUUCUACAAAAAUUAUCAGAAGGCGAGCGAGGCGUGGAGACAAGCGGCCCCACUCCUCAAACAGACCCGAGGGUGUUCAACAGCAACAGCGGGCAAAUGGCCACAGAGCAGAUACAUCCAGGCCAGACUCCGUCUCAAGCUUCUGCUGAAGCUGUUCACCCCUCCUCCUCCUCCGCCGGUCGCUGGAGAUUUUUCAUCAACCAGAGGAUAAAGACAAGGGAAACAGAGGCGGCUAAUGUUCCUGACACCAAGGAACAAGCACCCGUUCUCGCAACAUCAAACUCCUUGGAGGACGUCAAGCAGAUUCCACUCGAUACUCCCAGCACUGGCUCCACCAUGAGACCACUGCCCUCCUCCUCCUCACCUUCAUCUUCAUCCUCAUCCGACACCUACCCAGCGAGUGACAGGAAUGGGGCUCAUCAGGAACGGCAGCCUGACCCCCCUGAAGGCCUCUCCUCAGCCCCGGACCUCCCUCCUACCAGCCCCCAACAGCCAGGGGCCACACAGCCACCCUCAGUGCCCGAGUCAGACAGUGAGGGGCCACCCAAGGUGGAUUUCUCUGACAACCGCAUCAAGUCUCUGGAUGAGAAGCUGAGGACACUGUUAUAUCAGGAGCACAGCAGCCAACAGGGCAGCGAGGCCCUGACUCUGCUGGCCGACACUCAGAGGGAGGGCCUGACCCAGGGCUCUAGCCAACAGAGCAGUGAGGGCCAGGUCCAGGGCAGUGUGCUGGCAGAGAGCAAGAGCCAGAGAGAGCCCUCCAACCAACCCACUGACACUCAGAGAGAGGGCCUGACCCAGGGCUCCAGCCAACAGAGCAAUGUGCCAUCCGUCACCCAGCAGGAGACCCAAGCCCAGGACUCCAGUGUGCCGUCCGAGAGCCAGAGAGAGGACCUGGCCUCCAGCCACCCCACAGACACACCCACCCAGCGGGAGGCCCUGAACCUCUCGCUCCUGCCCAACGACAGGCCCCCGACACUGGUCCCUGAGGAGUCGGAGCUGAUGCCCAGUCCCACACUGACCCCCGCACUGACCCCAUCGAGAGCCUCGCCCCCUCUCACACUGCCCUUCACGCUGCCCCCCGAGCGGCCCCCCACACUGCCCCCAGCGAGAGCCUCGCCCCCUCUCAGGCUGCCCCCCAGCCCUCCGCUCGACACCAUGUGCUGCUCACUGCACGGGGACCAGCUCUGCUCAUUGGCCCUCAGCUCCCACCCUGGCAUCAAGGCCAAGUACUCCACUCCACCCUCCAUCACCCUGAUCAAGCAGCAGGCUGUACAGCCAGUGGAGAGGGUGUGUGAGUGUCCUGUGAGCCCGGCUGCCCUGCCUCACACCGGAUCAGCACAGCACCAGCAGCAGCAGAGUGGAGGUGGGGACAGCCUGACCAGGGGCAGCAAAGCCUCCCCUCAGUUAGAGCCCAGCAGCUCCUUUCCCAGGUUCUCUGGCUGGUCAGUCAGCUCACUGCCCCGACACCGAGGCAGCUUCCAGAUGCGCGCAGAGGGAGUGUUCCAGCCGACUGAGGAGAGCGCCGAGGCCGAGCGGGGGCCAGGGCUCGAGAGGGAGGAGAGUGACACGACCGAGGGGGGAGGCAGUUCUGAGCAGAGAGCAGCCCCCACCGUGGGGGAGACUGACUGCUCCACAGACAAUCACCUGUCCCCCAGUCAGCCCGAGGGCGAGUGGCCGGCCCCGGCCCCGGGGGGCGAGGAGGGCUCCGUGCCCCCCAGCCUGUCCCUGCCCGAGGACCUCAAGGAGGGCGGGGGUUCGGCCGACAGCAGCCAGGAGAUUCUGAACUCGCCCUCCUCCCCGAUGAGCAGCGACGAGGACUCAGAAAUGGAGGACGAGGAUCUGAAGCGAGAACUACAGAAGCUUCAGGAGAAGCACAUCCAGGAGGUUGUUGAGCUACAAGCCCAGCAGAGACAGGAGUUACAGGAGCUUCACCACCGGCUCCAACUGCUCACGGAGGCCACUGAUCCCUCACAGCGUCUGUCACCAUCCACUCGGCAUCACAGGCUCAGCAACAGCAGAGCCAGAAGCUCCCGGUCUCCUUCAGCCUCCCUCACAGGCACAGGUCCUUCCUGCUGUGUGGGCCCCUGUGACGCGCUGCAGGCUCCGGGGGCCAGAAAAGGCACCUUCACUGACGAGCUGCACAAACUGGUGGACGACUGGGCCAAGGAGCGGAUGGGGGCGGCGAGCCUGAAGCCCAGUCUGAACGAGAUCAAAUACAGGCACGAUCUAGAGAGCUGGCAACAGCCCUGUGAGGGAGUUGCUGGUGGGAGUUGGCAAGGUCAGCGAUCGCCACAUGUCGGCCUGUCACAGGGCGGGUCCUCCUCCAGCUCCUACCCCAGCCCCGGCCCCAGGCCUCCCUGCUAUCCCCUGCCUGGCCUGAGCCAGUACGGGGGUCCCUACACCCCACAGGUCCCGGGGGGAGCGAGCACCCAACCUCCCGGGACCACGCCCUCUCCACCAACACCAGGGGCCGUGCAGAUGUCUCCCACCGUCCCCCCUCGGCCAAAAUAAACCAGGGCGGAGCUGGGUGGUACAGCACAAGAUGGCCUGGUCCGGCCUGGCACAGCACAGCCCAGUACAGCCCAGCUCGACCUGGCACAGCCCAGCCCAGCUUGGCCCAGCCUGGUCCAGCAAGGCAAGGCACGUCUGGAGCUGGGUGGAGAACCACCUCAGAUAUCAUUACUGAGGGCCAGUUAGCCUUCCCCCCCCCCCCCCCCAACACAUACGCACACACCCUCCAUCCCCUACUUCCCGGCUCAUCGUCACAGAGAGAGAGGAGAGGGGAGCGUAACGGAGACCACGGAUGGAGAAGAUUUUUCAGAGAAAGAAGCAGGAACGACAAAGAGCGAGAAGACCGGGGAGAGGGAGAGACUGGCAACGAGAACGUGGAGGGAAUCUGAAUGGACAGAGGACCAGGCGAGGAGGCCAGACAGGGGGUGGG